AAAAUGAAGGCCCAAACAAUGGCGAAGGUGUUGAGUGCGGUGGUGCUGGUGGUUAUGGUGGGUCAUGUGGCCGCUAACACGGCAAUCAGUUGCCACACUUGUGAAGGAGCUAAUUGCCAAAGGGUUCAACUGAGUAAAACGCAGACAUGUGUGGAUUCCCUGGACUAUUGUGUGACCAUCUACGAUGAAGCCAAGGUUUUGUUCAAGGGUUGCUCCCUGGAGAUUCCGAAGGACUUGCGUUCCAAAUGCAAUGACAAUCGCUCUUGCCACAAAUGCAACACGAAAGAAUGCAACAAUGUGGGAUCUGCGAAGUAUGCUUGCAUUCAGUGCGAUUCCAGCAAGGACUCCAAUUGCGCUUCUAAUGCCGCCGCUUUGGAAGCAGCCCGUUGCAGUGCCCCCACGGCUCCAAACUCGUAUUGCUAUGUGAAAUCCUCGGGAGGAUCCAUUGUGCGUGGAUGCUCCACCACCGAAACCGAUCAGCAGAGCUGUCUGAACGAUGCCAACUGCCUGUUGUGCUCACCUGGCGACAUUAGGAACUGCAAUGCUGCCAACAUCGUCGAGAGCUCAAAUGUAGGAAACCGCUUCAUCCGAUUCCUGAGAUAAAAUUUAUAAUGAAAUAUUUGUAUAUGGGUCAAGAAAUAAAUUAAAUGCGAUUAUAAAAUAUA